AAAUGAUUCCUGCGAAAUCGAGGGUUUUUUCUGUCUAAGAGCUGUUAAACCAGUACAUAGAAUUUGAAAAUUAUAUAUAUAUUUUUAUAAAAUGUAAAAAACUUAUUAAAGGUAGAAGUUGAAGCCAUUUGCAAUAUUUAACCAGCAAGAAAAUUGUAGUGGCAAUUUGUUCGUUCAUUCAAUACUCGUCGCCAUCGGAAGAGUGAAAAGCACUCGCACCGAAGCGUCUCGUCCAACGAUUACCGGAUUUCUUCAACCGGAAAACGUCGAUAAAGGUUCAAGAUUGAAUUAAAGUUUUCACGAUGAGACUAAGAAAAGGAAGUAAAGUGGAGGUUCUUGUCAAUACCUCGAGACUUGAAGUAGAAUGGCAUGGUGCACGUAUCACUUCUGGUAAUGGGCACACUUACAAUGUUAAGUAUGACCAUUCUAGUGCAAACGAAAAGGCUCUUUCGAGGAGGGUUCCAAGGAAAGCCAUCAGACCCUGCCCCCCUGCUGUGAAAAAUAUUGAGGGUUGGAAAGUUAAUGAUGCUGUGGAGGUUUGGAAUGACGGAUGCUGGAAAAAAGCGACUGUGUUGAAGUACAUGACUGGAGAAUUGUACUUGGUAGCGUUGCACGGAUCUUGCACGGAGCUGAAGGUCCAAGAAAUUCACAUGAGGAUGUGCCAAUCAUGGGAAAAUGGUCAAUGGAUCAUUAGUCCAACGGUACCAGCCAAGUCUAGAGUGAUGAAGUUUAGCCGGAAUUUGAUUUCAAACAACUAUAAGGUGAUGCCUGAUGUUCAGCAAGCUAACAAUGUUUGUUCACUAGGAUUGGAUGACAGCUGUCUCCAUUUACCCUCACCUUCAACUUUGAAAAGAGUGUGCUCUCAUGGCUCAUCUCGGAUUCAGGAUUAUCCCAGAAAAAAGAGGGCUUGUGUGAUUAUGGGUGAGUCUAAAAGGUUCAAAGCAGUAUCCACUGCUCCAUUGAUGGAAAAGGUAGAUGCUAUUGCUUAUCCACAGAAUAUUAUGAGUGAAAAAUACAUGCGUUAUUCCUUCACUAAUAGUACCAAUCAAUUAUAUGGAAUAGAGAAGAAGAAUCCUUGUAAUGUUAAAACCACUGUAGAACAAGAUUAUUCUUGUAGUAAUCUGAGUUCAGUUGGCAGCUGUAGUGUAAUAAGUGGUAGUGCCAAUGAAUAUUUUGGUGAUACGUUAGCAGGUCCUUUCCAAGAUGAUGCAGAUUCCUUUCGCAGUAAUCCAGAAUUUCCAGAUGUUCAAGACGUUGAUGGAUUUUAUGAUGAUAUGUUGGCAAAUGCUUGCCAAAGUGAUGACAAUACCAUUUGCAGUGAUGCAGAUUCUCGAGAUGUUGAAGACGCAGAGUAUUAUAUAAGGUGAGAGCUUCCAUACCUUCUAAAGGCUAUGAGAGUUGCAUGUGAUUGUUUAUUCAACUACUACUUUCUGAUGCUAUGUAAAUCAUUUAAUUGACAAGCAAUGAUGAACAGCUUCAUGUAUAUAGUUAUUGAAGUAUGAAAUCUAAAAUUUUGCUUAAUCUCAGUAAACUUUAGUUACUGUUUAUUUUCUUAUAUGGUCUUUUUCCUACUAUUUGAUUAUUGAUUUUUAUUGAUGAAUCAAAAUCAUAUUCCAGGGACAGUGUAGGAGGCUUGCAUGCCUUGCUUCCAAUGGCUAAGUAUGAUGCUAGGUUUGCUUCUUCUCUCUGCAAAUUAAUUGGUGACCUCUACCAAUAGUUAUCUCAGAGAUAAGAAAUUUCUGACCUCUGUUAUGAUUGUUUAUGCGCUUUCCGAUAAUAUUGGAUAUCUCAGGUGUGCUUAGAACUCACACUUGUCAAUCAUGGCCAGAACAUGAACUUGCUUAAAAGCUGCAGAAACAACCCUCGCAUGGAUGAUCUUCUUAUGCAUUAUUCAGAUAAUGGUAGUCUAUUUUAUUUAUUUGCACACCAUAUGGAUUAUCUUAAUGUGACUUGACUUGAAUACUCUAUCACACCAGUUGAAAAGCAAGUUAUGCCAGGAUGUUACAGUAUGUGUUUAUACUAGGGUUGUCAAUUCUGCCAUUAUGUCCUGUGGUAAAAUCCUGUAAAAUCCUUGUAUUCUCCACGAUCCACAAUGUUUCUUCAGGGUUUUAUUGUCUUUUUGUUGUGUCCUCCACUUUUCUAUUGGGUCUGUCACCGAGUACCCCCACUCUCACUCUCCUUUGGUACUCAUUUAUCACACAUUCACAAUGUGCCUCUCUUGUUUUAAAUCCUACUUGACUUUAUUGUGUGUUUUUUUGGUUCACGAAGAUCCCUUUUGAACUCUAAUUGACUGCUUUGAGAUA